GUUCGCUUGGGGGUAUUCUAAAGUGUUCGUACGGUAUUCGAGCUAAAAAGUUAACAAAAUCACUAUUUUUGCACGCAUUCGUUUGUGGUCAAAGGGGCGUAGUGCCUGGCAUUGCUGCUACCGUUAAGAAAUAGCAGCUUAUCCAUCGCGUAACCUAACCAUUUGCGCGAAGGUGUGGCGUGUGCCGUCUUCCUAAGGUUUCUGCAAAUGGCGGAGCAGUGGUAAUUUUUUCUUGUCCCAACAACAAAAGAAAACUCCACCUCGUUGGGAAGUGUGCAGAAAAAAAGGCAGUGUGUACCGUGCACGUCGUUCGCUAGAUAAGAUUUCAGACCCCUUCAGUGUUUCGAUGCAAACAUAUUUAUUUUUCCCCCCGAUCCAAUCAUAUCGCCAGAGCAGCUGUGGCAUACCCCGCGUAACGUUUGCGUGAGGUGUUAUUAUCGAUUGAGAAAUCAAUGUCGGUGUCGUGGAGGACGGCACGAUAAAAAGAAAAGGCAAACCUAAAACUGCCACCGUUUAGUUAGUGUAGCUUUCUAAUAGCAGGUUUAGUUAGCAGUUAGUCCAUGCAUUUUACACGUUCGUGUUGCUAGAAGAAAGUGCAUAAAGAAGGUGGUGUAUUUUCUACUGUGUUAUUUGUCCGAUGCUCACCUCGCCGUGCAGUGCAAAACAGUGAAGGUGUGCUGUUACCAACGGCAACAGUUAAAAGUGAAGAAAGAGGAGAUUUUCGAUUUCUUGUCGAUCGAAAAUUUUGCAUCAAAGGAAAUAAACUAAAGCAUAAACGGGCGUGAGGUGUGACACCGAUUUAAAGAAAAUCUGUGAAAAUAAAGAUUAUCACCGGAGCCAGGUUUACGAUUUCCGCACGCGGUAGAUGCAACCGUGCGCAAGCAAUGAAAAUGUUCCGUGGCAGUAGUCAAGCUUGCCCGCCGGUCGCAGCUGCUGGAGUAUUGCCGAGCUCGAAUAGAAAAACAUCACGCAGGGGACACGUCGCGUUGUGGCUCGUGGUUCCAUUCCUACUUGCCAGCUUGCUUAUCGAUCAGGUGCAGAGUCAGUCCGCCGGCAGUAGCGAUGACGGUGGCCAGUGUGUAUGGUACGGCAUCUGCAACGUGGACACCCUGAACCGGGCCAAGUACUGUGCGUACAACGGGACGGCGAAGGUGGUCGACGGCAAGACGAAGGAACUGCUGAAGGUCUGGUGCGGCCAUCUGCUGGUCGAGGAUGACGCAGGCAACGUGAACACGUGCUGUGAUGCGGCGCAGGUUGAAGUGCUGAACAAAAAUGUUGCCUUGGCAUCAAACUUCCUCGCCCGGUGUCCGUCGUGCAUGUCCAAUCUGGUGCGGCAUAUGUGCGACUUUACCUGCAGCCCGCAGCAAUCCAGCUUCAUAAAGGUGGUUUCGACGGAAGAGGUCGAAGCGACGGAUGGGGAGGACACGAAGGACGAAGCGCCGUUGGCAACGGCCGGCACGACGACGGCCCAGCCCGCCAAGGAGUUCAUCACGAAAAUCGACAUCCACAUUACGCAGCAGUACCUGAACGGGACGUUCGAGUCGUGUAACCAGGUGUCCGUGCCGUCCACCGGCCAGCUCGCACUCGAUCUGAUGUGCGGCGACUGGGGCGCAUCCCGCUGCAGCCCGUCCAAGUGGUUCCACUUCAUGGGCGACGCGGAGAACAACCUGUACGUACCGUUCCAGAUCGACUACGUGGCGCAUAGUUCGCCCAACGAAACCAUCGACGGGUACCUACCCUGGAACCCACGGAUCGUGCCGUGCCAUGAAAAGCUGGAUCCCAACACUCCGGCCUGUUCUUGUGUCGACUGCGAGGCGUCUUGUCCGAAGCCUCCGCCACCGCCUAGUCCACCACAGCCGUUCAUCAUCUACAACAUGGACGGAUACGCGGUGGUGAUGUUCGUCGUGUUUGUCGUCUGCAGCGGAUUGUUCCUGAUCGGUGCCUGCUUCUGCCACUCGAGCACUGGUGCUGCCGCAACCGUCAUUGGAGCAAGUGCUACAUGGGACGGCGAGCAAGAACUGCGCCCCCAUCCGUCGGAUAUUGCCGCUGGUGACGAUGACGAUGAUGAGUCGGGUUACUUCGAGCGCCUUGGAGCGAAGACGGAGACCGCACUGGAGCACUUCUUUACCGCAUGGGGAACAACAUGCGCCAAAUAUCCUUGGCUUGUGCUGCUCGGAGGGCUUGUGUUUAUCGUUACCAUGGGUAUGGGCAUUCACUUCCUGCGUGUCACCACGAACCCGGUGGAACUGUGGGCCUCGCCGUACUCCAGGUCUCGGGUCGAGCGUGAGUACUUCGACUCCACCUUCGAACCGUUCUACCGUAUCGAGCAGAUCAUCAUCGCGGCGCAAAACCUAAGCAACGUAUCGCACAACACGUCGAACGGUGUGGUACAGUUCGGUCCCGUGUUCAAUCGACAGUUUCUGUUGGACGUGUUCGAUCUCCAGGAACAGAUCAAGAAGAUUUCCGCUCCGCUCAACGAUGGAAGCAACGAUACGGUCGGGCUGAAGGAUAUCUGUAUUGCACCGCUUAGCUCGAGCGAACGGCCAGUCGUGACGAAAGACUGUGUGGUUCAGUCGCUGUGGGGCUACUUCGGGGACGAUAUGGAUAACUUCAACGACGAGGAAGAGGACGGCCAGGGCUACGUGGUGAACUAUCUCGAUAAAUUGAUCCAGUGCUUCGGAAACUACUACAACCCGGACUGUCUGGCACCGUACGGUGGCCCGAUCGAUCCAGCGAUCGCACUCGGUGGGAUCCCGCAGCCGGAGACGCCGGACGAGAAGCCAAACUAUGCGCAGGCGAGCGCCGUCAUCCUAACGUUCCUGGUGCGCAACUACCACGACAAGGAAAAGCUGCAACCAGCUCUCGCCUGGGAAACGGAGUACGUGAACUUUAUGCGCAACUGGACGCGGGCAAACAUGAGCAUCGCGUUCACCUCCGAGCGCUCGAUCGAAGACGAGCUGGCCCGCGAAUCCCAGUCCGACGUGUCGACCAUCCUGGUGUCAUACAUCAUUAUGUUCGCAUAUAUCGCCAUUUCGCUCGGUCACGUCAACCAGUGGAGCAGAGCGCUAAUCGACUCGAAGGUAACCCUCGGGCUGGGUGGUGUGGCCAUUGUGCUGGCCUCGGUAGUUGCCUCGGUGGGCAUAUUUGGCUACAUUGGCGUACCGGCAACGCUGAUCAUCGUGGAGGUGAUUCCGUUCCUCGUGCUUGCGGUCGGUGUGGACAACAUCUUCAUCCUGGUGCAGACGCAUCAGCGCGACACCAAGAAACCGACGGAGACACACGCGGAACACAUCGGGCGCAUUUUGGGUCGUGUCGGACCAUCGAUUCUGCUCACGUCGGUGAGCGAAAGCUGCUGCUUCUUCCUCGGAGGCCUGUCCGAUAUGCCGGCCGUACGUGCCUUCGCUCUGUACGCAGGAAUGGCUCUGCUGAUCGACUUUUUCCUGCAGAUUACGUGCUUUGUAAGUCUGCUGGCGCUCGACACGAUCCGCCAGGCGGACAAUCGGCUGGACAUUCUCUGCUUCCUGCGCGGCUCCAAGAAGGACAUGCCGACCAGCAUCAGCGAGGGACUGCUGUUUAAGUUCUUCAAAAGCAUCUACGUACCGUUCGUGAUGCGGAAGCCGGUGCGCGUCGCCGUGAUGAUCGUGUUCUUCGGGUGGCUCUGCUCGAGUAUCGCCGUUGCGCCACACAUCGACAUCGGUCUUGACCAGGAGCUGUCGAUGCCGGGUGACAGCUUUGUGCUGCAAUUCUUCCGCCACCUUCAGAAGUAUCUGAGCAUUGGACCUCCGGUUUACUUCGUGGUAAAGAACGGUCUAAACUACUCGAUGCUACAGGAUCAGAAUUUGAUCUGUGGCGGGCAGUACUGCAACGUGGACAGCCUUUCGACACAGUUGUACAUCGCUAGCAAGCAGCCUCAGUCCACGUACCUCGCCCGGCCGGCCCAAUCGUGGUUGGACGACUACAUCGAUUGGUCCGGUUCGUCGGGAUGCUGCAAACAGUGGGCCAACGGAAGUUUCUGUCCGCAUGAAAAAAGUGCCUGUGGAGCGUGCGAUAUUUCACUGACGCCGGAAAAACGUCCGGUGGAGAGUAGCUUCCGCCAAUACGUGUCCUUCUUCCUCGAGGACAAUCCGGAUGUAGCGUGUGCCAAGGCGGGUCAUGCUGCGUAUGGCACGGGCGUUAAGUACCAACCAGAUCCUGCCUCCGCUCUUUACAACGACGUUGGCGCAUCCUACUUCAUGGCCUUUCACACUAUCCUAAAAUCGUCCUCCGACUACUACGAGGCGCUCCGGUCGGCGCGAAAGAUUUCCGCCAACAUCACUAGCACCAUCCAUGCGAACCUGCGGCUGCAGGGCCGAAGCGAAGCGGAAAUCCAGCAGAUCGAGGUGUUCCCGUACUCAGUGUUUUACGUGUUCUACGAGCAAUACCUCACGAUGUGGCCAGACACGCUCAAGAGUAUGGGCAUUUCGGUGCUGGCCAUCUUCAUCGUCACGUUCCUACUGAUGGGCUUCGACAUCCACUCGUCACUGGUGGUGGUCAUCACCAUCACCAUGAUCGUGAUCAACAUCGGUGGCCUCAUGUACCACUGGAGCAUCUCGCUCAAUGCCGUCUCGCUCGUGAACCUGGUAAUGGCGGUCGGUAUCAGUGUCGAGUUUUGCUCUCAUCUCGUGCACAGUUUCGCCAUGUCGGUGGAGGAAACGCGCGAGAAGCGCGCCGCCGACGCACUCACCAAGAUGGGUAGCUCCGUGUUCUCCGGCAUUACGCUCACCAAGUUCGGUGGCAUCCUGGUGCUUGGGUUCGCGCACAGCCAAAUCUUCCAGGUGUUCUACUUCCGAAUGUACUUGGGCAUUGUGCUGUACGGGGCCGCCCACGGGCUCGUGUUUUUGCCGGUUCUACUCAGCUAUAUCGGCGUGAUGCAUCGCCGAAGAAGACGUUCCAGCGACAACGUCGCCAAUACCCAACACCACCCCAAUCCUGCUGAGAUCGAUGAGGAGCAGAAUCCGGAGCAGUCUGCAGCGUACUACGACGAGGGCCGACAAAAACGACAAUCCGCCGACUAUGAAUACGACCACGACGACAUCAUCCAGCACGACGACGGCGACGAUAACCACCAGCAGCGACCACACCAAUCGCAUUACACUAAGGUUCAGCAGGAGCAGGAAAAAACCGAACACGCAGCAAGAAGGAUUAGUGGAAUCGCCGCAGCACGCCACCGAGGCCAUCAGUCGCCCCCGAAGCACCACAACCACCAACAACAUCGGACAAUCCUCGACAUCCACGUCCGACACGCCGUUCCUACAAGUCAGGAUACCGAGGGGCUUACCGAGCCUCUUCUGCAACAAGCAUCCUCCAGCAAGCAGGGCGCCCCGCACGGACCUAUAAAGAGGGAAAGCCAGCCGAAAGGAGGGAGCACGAUCGUGGAACCGGUACACCACCAUCAGUCAAACGUUGAGCUGCCUGCAGCCUCCGGUGGCGCCAGCGCACCGAAGCUCUCGCCAACUUCCUCCAAUUCCUCGUCGUCUCUAUCGUCGAAGGCAUCGAAAACAUCCAAAGCAUCUGCAGCCAGCCGGAAUCGAUUGCGCAAGAGCAGAUCGAAGGACGCGCAGACGGAGAUCGAGCACCCGAAGGCCCCGCUAGUAGUAGCGGAAGAUUCCGAAGACUUGGACGACGAGGAGGAGGGUGUGGAGGAGAAGAAAGAAGAUAAGGAAACCACAUCGUCGAAUCGAUGGAGUCCCAGUUAUAUCACCGCCGAUGACGGGGAGAGAGACCACGGGGCGGACGAUAAUAGCAUUCGAAGUACCUUGCAUUCGACGUCAUGGAGUACGGCUUCGGCUUCCAAUCGCGAGCGGGAAGAAACCAACAGGUGGAAGCAAUGAAGAGCUUGAAACAUUGCUUUUUGCGCGUGCAGACAAAUCAUUGCCGAGGAGAGUACAGGGGAGCAUGGUGAUCGGGAGUGGAUGAACAACAGAUCGUUAUAUAUAUAUACAUACCUAUAUAUGCAUAUUUAUAUUUUUAGUCAUGAUGGUCCGUUGAUCGGAGAAGAAGUUUAGAUGUUCGGAGACCGUAAAAUAUACACCCACACACACACACACACACACAGUGGCUCAUACGCGACCUAUCGUUUACGAAGAUCAAAUGUAGGGUCUUACAUUUCCAUCAAAAUUGCACAGCAAAAUAAAAAGGCUAGAGCUAGCGAGUGAUUCAACACAAUUCUUUCUAAGAGCUACCACUAGUGGACCGGUUUUCCGUUCCUGACUACUGCCGACUCUAUGAGAUUGGCGUCGUUGUGAUGCAAAGCAACAAUUGAAAGGGGAAUACAAACCUAAUCAUUAGAAGAGACAUCGAAAUUUCGAGAAAUCGACUCAUGGGCCUUUCCUUUAGUGAUAGGAAUCUUUCGCAUGGAACACGGAACGCACAGGGUAAGCUUUAUCCUGCGGCAAUGUACAGGUAGUAGAAAACGGAAGAGAUACUUGGAAGGAAAAUCAAAUAACUUGCGUAAACUCCAGCUCUUGUCUUGUGUGUGCGUGUGUGGCUUGGUAUACAUUUGUCUCCGGAUGGAUAGACAUAUUGAAAUUAACAUACAUUUUAUCGUGGCACGCUACGAUGCUGGAAAUCUCAGCUGACAGUAGGAAAUUUGGUAUAGGGAUUGUAAAAACAAAGCAAGUAAAGUCGUGGAAGAAAGUCAUGGUCAUAUGUUCGUGCGGUUUUGCUACUAUCACAACAAAAAAAAUGUAAAGAAAUGGGACAAGAAAGUGAUAAUGAUGGAAGUUUUUGCAAGCAAAAUAUGAAAAAUAUGGCAGGGUGUGCGAAACUAGUUGGAAAGGGUUCGUUGUGAUUGCUUAUUUGUUGGUUGUUAUAGAAUGAAAACAGAGUUUUGUAAUAGGAAAUGGUUC